AUGGCCUCCGCCAUGGUGCUGGCCGUGGUGGCCACCGCCGCGCUCCCAGCGACGGGCAGCCCCGUGGCGAAGGUGAUCGAGAUGCUCUCGGGCCUCCAGGCGAAGGUCAUCUCGGAGGGGGAGGAGUCGCACGCCGUCUUCGCCAAGUUCUCCGAGUGGUGCGAGGACGAGGCCCGCACGCUCGGCUUCCAGAUCAAGACGUCCGAGGGCGAGAUCGCCAACCUGAAGGCGACCAUCGAGAAGGAAGCGGCCAGCAUCGCGGGCUACGAGGCCAAGAUCGAGGAGCUCGCCGCGGAGCUGGCCCUGGACGAGGCGGACCUGAAGGCGGCCACCGAGAUCAGGACACACGAGCAAUCCAACUUCGCCGCCGAAGAGAAGGAGCUGAGUGAGGUCAUCGACACCCUGAAGAGGGCCACCGCCAUACUGGAGAGGGAGAUGGCCAAGAUCGGCUCGGCGUCCAUGCUCCAGGUCCAGAGCGCCAAGUCCGUGGCGCAGGCGCUGGCCGCCAUGGUGCAGGCCUCCCUGAUCAGCUCCACCGACGCCAGCAGGCUGUCCUCGCUGGUGCAGUCCGCGCAGCAGUCCGGCGGGGAGGACGGUGACGCGGGCGCGCCAGACGCCGCCGUGUACCAGGGCCACGCAGACGGCAUGGGCCGCGAGAACGAUGGCGGCAUCAUCGCGGUCCUGGGGGACCUGCUCGAGAAGGCGGAGGCGCAGCUGGACGGCCUGCGCAAAGCGGAGACGUCGUCCCUCCAGAACUUCCAGGUGCUGGCCCAGAACCUGAAGGACGAGAUCAAGAACGGCAACGCCGACCUCGCCUCGGCGAAGAAGGGCAUGGCGGCCAGCGGCAGCUCCAAGGCGGAGGCCGAGGGAGACCUGACGGCCACCUCUGCGGACCUCGCCAGCGACGAGGAGACCAAGGCGACCCUGCACGCCAACUGCAUGGACAAGGCGGAGACCUUCGAGGCGGAGCAGAAGAGUCGCGGAGAGGAGCUGAAGGCACUGGCGGAGGCCAAGAAGGUCCUCGUGGAGACGACCACCGGAGCUGACGCCCAGAGCUACUCGCUCCUGCAGACCGCGUCCGCCUCGCACCUGACCAGUGGCGCGGACCUCGCGCGCUACGAGGCCGUGCGCUUCGUGCAGGGCCUGGCGCAGAGGCUCGAAGGAGAAAAACUUGAGCUCUCGGACGGGGCCAUGGUUAGCAAAGCUCACCGAUAA